UGGGAGAGCGAGACUGUGGUGGUGGUUGGGGGUGCCCAGGCCAGGCCAUGUCGCACGGAGACGGAGCAGGGUCCUGCAGGUGGAGGGUCCAGGGAAUCAACCCCACUUUGGCCUCUGCUUCCAACAGGUCCAGGUGGGACGCAGUAGCCCCAGGCACCCUGCGGUCGGCAUCAUCUCCUCAGUCGCUGCCCCGGACCUGUCGGGCGAGGCUGGGAGGCCCCGUCACUCUGGGAAGAAGCCCAGUGCACGGGGGAGCAUCCCCCCAGGAGGGACGUGUAGGGAUUGGCUGGGGGAGGCUGAUGGAUCCAGCAGGACCGGCUACGCGGGACCCAGUGGGAUCAGCUGGGGAUCCCUGAGCCGCCCCGUGGGACUUGGACUCGGAGCUCUCUGACCCGCUGCUGGGAAUGGAGCCAGACGCUGCCCAGCCCCCCUGCCUGGGCCCUGGCCCUGGUCAACCUUGUCCUGGGAGCUGGGCUGCCACAGCCAGGCCUCGGAGAGCUGGGAGCGGUGAUGUCCCGCAGGGGCCAGGGCCCUCCCGGCUUUUCCAAGUCAGGCCCCUGCAGGAGGCGUCAGCCCAGAGGGCCCUUGGCCUCUCGUGCCUCAGCCUGCAGGAGCGGAUCAGACGCUUCCAGAAGAGCUUGGCUGCAAGCGAGGAACCCAGCCCCCGGGCCCCCAGCCCCAGGGCCCGGGGGCGGGCGGGCCAGGAGCCGAGGCCCAGUGGAAGGGACUGGCCGCCCCGCAGGAGUGAGGAGAGCGUCCUGUCCAGCAAGGCCCCAGGCUUGUGCCCCAGCAGCUCCAGGCCCCCUGCCCAAAAGGAGCGGACGGAACCAGCUGGGGAGACGCGGCCCCCGCCCGGCGGGACCAGGGGCCCCAGCGUGGGGCCAGGCUGCUCUGUGCGGGAGCAGGUUCGCUCCAUCGAGCUGCGCUUUGGGGCGAGCCAGGCUCCCUGGGCGGCCGCUGCCCCCCGAGGCAGAAGUGGGCUGACGGGGGCCCCAGCAGCUGGGCCCCAGCGAAGCCGGGCAGCCUGGGGUGGGGAGAAGGAGCCACGGCCCCCUGGGAAAGGGCAACGAUCCUCAGCCCUGCCAGCUAGGCUGUGCCUGCCCCAGCCAGAGCCACCAGCCCCUGAGCGGCCCCAGGGUGGUAGGAAAGACAAUGCAGCACUUCGCCUGGGGGCACUGAGGGCAGGAGCCAGAGCUCCAGGGCUGCCCCAGGCCCCCCCAGACGCCCGCAGACCCAAGGCGGCCCAGGGGGAAGGUCCAGCUGGUGAGGGGCUGCCGGGGACCGGGCCUGCUGGGGGGCCAUUGCAGAGCCACCUGCCCAGGCGUGGACCCCUGACAUCCUCCCUGCUCCCUGCAGAGGGCAGGGCCCCAGAGCCGCCCCCAGCCCUGCCCCUCGCUCCCUGGGGCCUGGGGGAGUCCGACGGGGACGACUCUGACUCCACAGAGUCCUCACUCACCACCCCCAGUGAGCAGAGGCAGCCCCACGGCCGGAGCUUCGCCCUCAGGAAGGAGGCGCCCUUGGAUGAGGGAUGCUCAGCAUCACUGAACUCCAGCCUGUCCAGCCUGUCCGUGGUGUCCCCGAUCCCAGCCCAGGACCUGGAGCAGCUGCUGCAGGAGGUGAAGGGCCUGGGAGAGGAGAGCCUGCAGCACCUCAAGGAGAUCCAGGUGGUCGUGCUGCACAAGGACGAGGGGGCCGAGCUGGGCUUCAGCGUUGCAGGGGGGAGCGACCAGCACAAGAGGGUGACGAUCCACCGCGUCUUUGCCAGCGGCCUGGCCGCCCAGGAGGGCACCAUCCAGCCGGGGGAUGAGGUUCUCUCCAUCGACGGGCACUCGCUGACAGGCUGCAGCCAUGGGGAGGCGCUGCAAACGCUGCACCGGGCCCAGGCCGCCCGGCAGGCCAUUGUGGUGCUGCGGAAGGGGGCAGUGGAUGGGCUCCCCAACGGCUCCCUCCCAGCGCCGGUCCCACAGCCCCCUCCAUCAGCACCGGGGGGCCCUAAGGACCUACUGCAGCCUGGGGACGAGCUGCUCCAGAUCGGGGAGAGGAGCCUGCAGGGGCUGAUGUGGCUCGAGGCCUGGCAGCUCAUCAGGGCCCUGCCCAUGGACCCGUCCAGCUCCUCGUGAGAAAGAGGGGGAAGCCCUGAUGGCCGUGAGAUCUGCACUCAGACUGGACUUGAGCCCCCAACAGCGCUGGCAUCUCCAGAUGGCUGGGGCAGACACAGACAUGGUUUUCUCUGCUGGGGUCUUGUUUCCUGGGCCUCAGUUUCCCUGUUCAUAGAAUGAGGAACAUAAUCCUGCCUUCGUCUGGCCUGUU